AUGCUCGUCUCUCUCUGCCACCGAUCCGUUCACAUCGCCGAGCCGUUCGCAGUCUGCCGCGCGCUCGCCUGCACCUCUCCGCCACCGAUGGCUUGUCGCGAGAUCGCCGCUCGCCGCGCUCUCGCCGACGCCGGUUGCUCUUCGCAGGACAUCGCAGCCUCGUCGGGAUCCGUUACGCUGGAGGCGGCAGACUCCGUCGACAUGGUUCCGGACUCCGUCGACAUGGUUCCGGACUCCAUCGACAUGGUGCCGGACUCCGUCGACAUGGUUCCGGACUCCGUCGAGUCUCUGUGUUCUCGCUGCGGCACGCUCCACGUUGUUGGUGGCGUAUUAGGAAGAGAUGCUUGCUACGAAGCUCGCCGGAAUGCUCGGAGGUGUGGCCGUUGUGGCCUUCUUCACGAAGAAUAUGAUAUCCCAGUGAAGUUCCUCCAUCUAAUGGACAAGUUCGAUUGCGAGUUCUACAUUCCUGAUGUCGAUAAACUGGUUAUGAGAGGUUCAAGCAUCUACGUGACUGAUGAAGUGUUGGAGAAGGUGGAGGCACACAUCAGGAAGGUGCAAGCAAAAACCAACAACGAUGAAGAAAAAAUCAGCACAGAUGAAGAAAAAAACAGCAAGGAAGAGUAGCAAGUGCCUCGGCUAGCAAUGAAGGUUCACAAGGGAUUUGCAAUGGCAGCCUAUCUUCCCUAUCUAGUUUUUCUUUCUGAAUGUGAGGAAUCUUAAUUUUGUUGCAACCUUUUAUCUUCAUUGCUUCCUUCAAAACAGUUUGUAGUGUCACAAAGAUCCUAUUUGCUCUCCAUGGAUUGUACUCCAAAAAUGACUGCAAAAACAUGAGAGAAAGAAAUUAGAUUAUUUAAGCAGUCUUUGUUGUAAUGAGACAAGGAAUGCAUUAUCAUG